AUGCGGACGCCGGCGGCGGCACCUGCGGCUCUUCUCGGCGGCAACCGUCGCCUCGGCUGCAGCAUCGCGGCAACUUUUUGCGGAUUAUUUUUGCCUCCAGGCUUUGCGCUGCAAAUCCAGUGUUACCAGUGUGAAGAAUUCCAGCUUAACAACGACUGCUCCUCCCCCGAGUUCAUUGUAAAUUGCACGGUGAACGUUCAAGACAUGUGUCAGAAAGAAGUGAUGGAGCAAAGUGCCGGAAUCAUGUACCGCAAGUCGUGUGCGUCGUCCGCGGCCUGCCUCAUCGCCUCUGCCGGGUACCAGUCCUUCUGCUCCCCGGGGAAACUGAACUCAGUGUGCAUCAGUUGCUGCAACACCCCGCUCUGCAACGGGCCCCGGCCCAAGAAAAGGGGCAGUUCUGCCGCAGCCCUGCGGCCAGAGCUCCUCACCACCGUCUUGCUCCUCAAACUAGCCCGCUCCUUGGUACACUGCUGAAGCUGAAGGAGCCCACCAGCCACUCCCGCGUUGUUCUCCUGGCCCUCGCGCGCCCCCUCUGGCCGAUUUCUUCUGGGUGUCCGUGUAUUCUGGGGUAGGGAGGAGUCUGUGUCCUCUUUCUUUAUUGUUCCUUUGCGAAUAAUGAAAGAGCGCCGUGUCAAACAUUUUUGUAAGCUCUGAAUAAAUUCAGUCUGAGUUUUCAGUGUGGACUUGAAGGAAGGGGGUGGAACGAACUCCACUCUCAAAAGUGUAAUCAAGAGUCAAGGCCGGUCAGCCGGAAUCCACCCUCAGAAGGCACUAAGGUAGACACCGGCCUUUUCCGAGGAGUCCCCCAGCUU